GAACUUCUUUAGGCAUUCUCCUCUGAUUUUUUCUCUGCCAUUAGAUCAGAGUCAGAGCUUCGACCGGUCGGAGAGAGAGAGAGAAUGGGGAGAGAAGUGGCGGAGAGCUGUGUGGAUACUCUGUUGACGGAGACGGUGUCAAUGUACUGCGAUCGCUUCUACGCUAACAAGCCGGAGCUCGCCGCCCGGAGAAUCGAGGCCAUCGGUUACCAGGUUGGCCACCAGCUCUCCGAGAGUAGAUACACAAUGGAAAGGCCGAGGUUCAAUGACCAUCUUGAGGCAAUCAAGUUCAUCUGCAAGGACUUCUGGUCUGAGGUUUUCAAGAAGCAGAUAGACAACUUAAAGACAAAUCACAGGGGUACUUUUGUAUUGCAAGACAACAGGUUCCGGUGGCUAUCACGUGUUUCUCUUGACCCUUCUUCGUCUGAGAAGGAAACUGAAGAUCUUUCUAGCUCAGGGGAAAGCAAGGCGGCACAAGCAGUGAGCAUGUAUCUGUAUUUCCCUUGUGGAAUCAUAAGGGGUGCCCUCUCAAAUUUGGGAAUCCCUUGUGCUGUGUCCGCCGACAUAUCAAACCUUCCUGCAUGUUCUUUUGUGGUUCGGGUCAAGGCCUGAUUUUGCCUCCUCCUCCAAAUAUAUAUAUUUCCCGAUGAGAACGACUGUCGCUGCUCGUGGGGCUCCACUCCAGUUCUGGUUUCGGUUUUGGUUUCGGUUUUGGUUUCAGGGUUGCAAAGAAUGUAAGAUUCUUUGGCUUUCUGAAUGUGUGCCGAAGUCACUGUAAAAAUUUUGGUAUGCCAUACCCUAACUUGGCAGACUGUUCUUGCCUUUUCAAGUUGCCUUGGACGGCAAGAAAUAAGAAAUGGUGUGGUAAAGCUGUGCUAUGUCAAAAAUGAUAUAUUAGAAGAUCAGGAAAAGUUUUUUUCUUUCUUGUUAA